AUGAACCCCAACUACUCGGAUCCCGUUGUCCCUCUUCAUUUCACGGCAAACCAACGCGUCUUCUCGAACGGCGUUACGAUGGGCGGAUGUCUGAGCGCCAUGGACAUUGCGGACUGGUUCGUGGCAAGGUGGGGGCCUGGCGCAGGCACAAUCACCCCAGAAGAGCUGCAAAAGGGUGCCUCUUAUGUGAAGGCUGAUUCUUCAGAAGAAGCGUUCGCAACAGAAGAGCAAGCUGACAUGGACAUGCCCGAGCCUUCGGUGGUUGUUCCAUGGGUGCUGAACGAAGUUGUCACCUCCACCGAAUCUGACUACUUCAAAGGAGAGGGCCACUUUGAGCUCCAAGCCUCAAGGCUGCUCAGCUGCUGGAGAGCGUAUGGGGACCAGUUCCCGAGCGCAUUUGCUGCAGAAGUGUGCUUGUUCAUGCAGAAGGCAAAGGUUGGGCAGCAGUUGUAUGGGACGAUUCGCUUGGUUGCGUGCUUCCUUAUACAGACAUUCACAAGCAAGAGGGCGGCCAUUCACAUCAAGAAUGGCUCGCAGGAGCUGUGGCCUUCGUUUCUGCACGGCUUGGGUCAGCGCCUUCAGUCUGCCUGCCAAGAGUUGGCACCCACGGAGGCGAGCUUGAUGCUCGAGAGGGUCAUACAACUGCUGCAAACGAUGAAAAGCUUAACGUCCGACUAUGCGUACAUGAUGCUCCUCGGCCAUGAUAGUUAUCAGCACGGGAGCAACGUGAAGCAACUGGUGUGCAGCAUUGGGAAGCUGCUGCGUGACACCGCAGGGGUGGAGAAGGAAUUAAAACGGGAGGCUGCAAAGGCAACCGCGAAGCGAGCCCCUUGGGAGAAGGGAGGAGAUGCAGAACAGGCCGGUAGUGGCACGCUCCCAUGA